CAGAGUAAUAAUAAAAAUGAAAAUUAUUUAUUUAUUAGUUUUAUUUGUUUUAUUAAGUGUUAAAAAAAUUGAAUCUUUUAAAUGUUGUGUACCGGAUCAAUGGUCAGGUACAGCACUAAGUAUGGGUUCUGAUGGUAAAUUGUUUAAAAAGAAUUAUUACUAUGACGCUACACAGAUGACAGUAAGAAUCGAUUCUAUAUACUCUACUAAAAGUGAAUCUACAUUUAGUUACUAUACAAACAUGACAACUACCGGUAGAGAAUGGGUCUAUAAUAGGUUCGAAAAUACUUGCUAUGAAACCGGACCUGAUUAUUGGAACUAUCAAUGCUUUGGCGAAGAGUAUGGCCUUCCAUUCGUUAAGACUGAUUCUGGUGAAAAUAUUUUCUCUAAUCCAUCCAAUGGCAUCACAGUUGUAACCACCUCAGAUACUUGCUUACCAAUUUCGAUCACUAAUAAAUAUGCUGGUCUCCACUUUAAGUUUUUUAAUACCAAAGAUUAUAUUGAAGAUCCAUCUGUAUUUAAUAAACCAUCCGUUUGCAAAUAA